AUGGCCAGCGAUGUGCCCAUCGGCACCACGCUGCCGCUUCUCCCAGGCCGUCCCGACUCCCGCCACCUGUCUCUGGACCCGGAUCCAAAGCGCGUUACCAACGUUGAUCUCCGAUCGUUCUACUACACCGGUAGGUGCGGGAGGCUGGUUCUGCUGACAUUUGUGACCCUCGUGAUCGGUCACUUCCUCUUGUUCAACAACGGCAUCACACUCUCCAGACACCCCGGGUCCGUCUUGCCCAACUCUACGAUAACGUGGUUAAACCCCUCGCUGCUGGACGGGCAAGAGAAGCACCGGUUUCUUAAUACAGAAGGAGGGGAAGCGGGAGGAGACGCCGCCAUCCUUGUUGACCCAGCGGUCCCAGCAGCAGACGGCGGCGGCGAGAAUGGUACAGCACACACAGCCAGGCGUCCAUGCCCAGCCGACCCUCCAGGCCUGGUGGGGCGACUCAGGGUGGAGAGGAACCCCCCCAGUCUGGAGGAACAGGAGAGGACCCAUCCCGAACUGACUAAGGGCGGCCACUACUGGCCGAGGAACUGUACGGCGCUCCACAAGGUCGCUAUUAUCAUCCCAUAUCGGGACCGUCGGAGCCACCUGGCGGCCCUCGUCCACCACCUGCACCCCUUCCUGCAGCGGCAACUGAUCGAAUACAACAUUUAUGUGGUGGAGCAGGCAGGAAACGGUCCGUUCAACCGAGGUAUGCUGAUGAACGUGGGUUUCACGGAGGCCGUCAAGGAAUUUCCCUACGACUGCAUCUUGCUCCAUGACGUAGAUCUUGUGCCGGAGGACGACCGCAACCUUUACACGUGCCCGCAGCCGCCCAGACAUAUGUCGGCCUCCAUCAGCAGCCAUAAUUAUAGACUGCUUUAUCAGAGUUACUUUGGGGGAGUGAGCGCCAUGACAGCGGAUCAGUACAGAGCCAUCAACGGAUUCAGUAACGAGUUCUGGGGAUGGGGCGGCGAGGACGACGACCUGUUCAGCCGCGUCAGACACCAGAAACUGAACAUUUCCCGCUACCCCGGCGACCUGGGCCGCUACACCAUGCUCUCACACAAAAAAGCGGAGCCCAACCCUACCAGAGUCGAGGUCCUACAUAAAGGGAGGGAAAGGUUCAAGACAAACGGCCUCAACAGCCUCAAGUAUCAGAUCCUUAAGACCGAGCGGCGACAGCUUUUUACCUGGAUGCUCGUGGCUCUGCCCCGCCCCUGAGGCGGUCAACAAGAUUGAGCGUCCGUCCUUGAUUAGAUACUGUAGAUAUUUACUUCCCCUGUUUUAAUUGCUAUAGAUAAUUUUACAUUUUGCUGGGUAUUGUUGUAAUGCCGGGAUGUGAAGGCAGGAGAAGAAACUUAGAAGUACAGUAUAAGGAAAAGACGUAGGUUAAGUCAUUAUAAGUGAUUACAGGUAGUUAUAAGUGACCAUAAGUAGUUAUGAGUAAUUAUAAGUCACUAUAAGGACAUCAUAGAUAUGUAAGAAAUUGUAAGUAGGUAUUCUUGAUCACAACCGAUAACAUAACACAUCCCCCCCCCACCUCAGACUCCAAUUACACAAUGUGGUGCAAUACUUACGUCACUUUCCCGCCAGAACUUAGCGGCUGUCGCCCCUCCCUUUCCUCCCUUUCCCCCUACCAGCGCACGCACUUCGGAAUUGUUGCCAGCCCUUGCUUGUCAAUGCCCUACCAGUUAAAGUCAUCCACCCUUGCAUAGAUUUUUUCCGCUGCUCCACAUGAAAUUUCGUCACCUUGCACGUUAAGAGACCGUACCCAUAUACAAACUACCCUAGUCUUCCCUUCAUUUUGAAUUAAACCGAAAUAGCGUUGUGCUGGAAGCUUCCCCCGGCGUCCAUAGGCCUCUAGAAGGCUCCAGGAGAAGCGAGCAGGAGGGCGGGGAGCAAAGCCUCGUCCGCGCCCCGCGGGGCGCGGCCAGGCGCCAGGCGGGGAGUGUUGCCAACUCGCACAUAUUUUAGCUACAUGUUCUUGUAUGAUCUAAAAUAUACUGUAACAUUCUAGACUGUACUGUUCUGGAUAUAUAUAGGAGAAGAGGGCGAGAGGAGCCCAGUCCCAGUCAUAGUAAGCUAGUGGUAAGUGAAGAGUCAAAGUGAAGUGUACUACAAAGGAAGAAUAUUGAACUACAGAAGCUGUGCAAAGUGUUUACAUAUCUCCCUCCCACGGAAUCUCCUGACGGCGACACGGAACCCAAGUAACACGUCCGGCAUAACAAUUGAUUAUAAAUUCGCUACUUGGCUUCCUUUCCCGCCCUACGGGGCCGCCGUAGGGCCGGUAUAAAAAGCGGGGUAGCGUCUCCCGUGGUCAGAGACACGCCAGUCCUCGUCGACAGACCGAUUUGGUCGGCUAGAUUUCGAUCGCCGAUAGAGUCGGUCUGUCGGCUCCCUGCUACGGGCCGCCUUUGGCAAAGGCCCGUGCUCCCUCGUGCAAGAGGGAGCAAUCUUCCCCCCCCCACCCCCUCCCGGGGCAUCAUUUCGCCCGCUCAACCCAUUACUACCCACAGGUUUGUACUACGUGACUCUCCCUCUUCCACCCCAUUUUUCCCCCUAAGUGCCCCCCCCCCCCCAGGGUUAAUUACCGUCUCUCCUUUAGCCAAUGUGUGUCUUAAUUAUCCUGUAAAUGCAUUUCUGAUCCCAGUAAAUGAAAUAAUCAUCAUUUCGCCCGCUCAACCCACUACU